AUGUGUCGACAAGUGCUCAUGACAGACCCCCGAGACGGUGGCAUCUCCGCCGAGGACGCGGCGCUCGCCGGCCAGGACCUGAUGGUCUCCGUCGAGGAGAUGGAGAACGGCGAGAUCGGCAUGGACGUCCUCACGGCUGCUCCGGGCAUCGACCCGGCGUCCAGCAUGCACUCGCCAGUGCGCCGGUCGCGGUGGUGCGAGUCCUGCGCCAAGAUGAUCGUGCGCGACUUCGCGCGCCACAAGCGCGAGGUUCACGGCGAGGCCAAGCCGCUGCCGUGCGACCUGUGCGGCUCCGUGUUCAAGUACAAACGCUCGCUGCAGGUGCACGUGAAGCGCAAGCACGAUAUCUCGUGGGACAACUACCGCCAGGUGGUGGACGGCACCAACUCCAGCUCCCGCCUCUGCUCCUGCUCCAGGACCUGCCGCGGACUGAAGCUGCACAUCUCGAACGGCUUCGGUCGGCGCCGGCGCUGCCCUGCACACUAG